GUCACGCGUUGAGAAUCUCUGAACUCCCACCAAAAAUGGUGACCAUUUCAGUGUUUUGGGUGGGGAGCCCGUUCGGUUUUCAAAUGUUAUGUAAUGUUCAACAGAUUUCACCAAUCUAAUUAUUUGAUAGUUUCUAGUCGAUUGUGAUCAUCUAUGAUCACUAUCGAUCUAUGAUAGCAUUAUCUAUGCUAUCGAUCACGAUUUCAUAAUUCUAUAGCAUCUACGAUCUAACAAAAUAUUUUAAAACCAACAGGCUUGCAGGCAAUUUACUUUUAUGGGUUUGAAGAUGCCUCUUAAACUUUAUGGCAAUUUAUUAUCACAACCAUCUCGAGCCGUCUUUAUGUUGUUAAAAGCAAAUCAAAUACCACAUGAGUUUAAAUUUGUGGAUAUGGCAAAAGGAGAACACUUGUCUGAAGAGUAUGAGAAGUUAAAUCCACUGAAGAAGGUCCCAGUUAUUGAAGAUAAUGGUUUUAUUCUGAGGGAGAGUGUUGCAAUACUUCGCUACCUGUGUCGUGAGAAAAAUGUUCCAGACCACUGGUACCCUAAAGACAAUAAGCAACAGGCUAAGGUGGAUGAGUAUUUAGAAUGGCAGCACUUGGACACAAGGUUGAAUUGUUCUAUGUAUUUUCAACAUAAGUUCUUAAUACCACUGAUUAAAGGUGAACCACCAAAUGAAAAGAAAGUUGCCGAAUUUGAAAGAAGAAUGAAAACAACACUGGGUCUCAUAGAAAAUGUGUGGCUGGAAAAUACACCAUAUUUAACUGGCAAUCAAAUUACCAUUGCUGAUUUGUUGGGAGUGUGUGAAAUAGAACAACCAAGAAUUGCAGGUUAUGAUGCAAGAGCAGAAUAUCCCAAAAUUGCUGCCUGGAUGGAAAAGGUGUGUCAAGAUCUCGAUCCAUAUUACAAUGAAGCACACCGCAUCCUUAAUAAGAUGGCUAUGAAGUCACAGUUAUUUCUACGGCAGAUACCAAUUUUCUCACGUCUUAACCUCACUCUUUUUAUUACGAUGACAGUGUUGCUUAAACUGUAUGGCAGCUUGUUAUCACAACCAUCUAGAGCAGUAGAACUCUUCUUAUCAAUUAAUAAAAUACCUUAUCAAAGCAUAUUAAUUAAUGUGUUGAAAGAGGACCACAAGAGUGACAAAUUUCUGAAGUUAAAUCCAUUUAACAAAAUACCUGUCAUUGAUGAUGAUGGCUUUGUGCUAAAAGAAAGUGUUGCAAUACUUCGCUAUUUAUGCCGUGAAAGAGAUGUUCCAGCCCAUUGGUAUCCAAAGGAUAGUAAACAACAGGCUAAAAUAGAUGAGUACUUGGAAUGGCACCACUUGAAUACAAGACUGAACUGUUUUUCAUUCUUCCAGAUUAAGUAUCUGGCACCCCUUAUUACUGGAAAUCCAGCAGAUGCUAGUAAAGUUAAGGAAUGUGAAGAAAAAAUGAAAACAACAUUAAGUCUUAUUGAGAAUGUAUGGCUGAGGGAUAAACCAUAUUUAGUUGCAAACACAAUCACAAUUGCUGACUUACUUGGAGUUUGUGAAGUGGAACAACUAGGAAUGGGAGGUUAUGACGAUAGACCAGAAUAUCCAAAAAUUUCUGCUUGGUUGGAUAGAAUACGUCAAGAAUUUAACCCACAUUAUGAUGAGGCACACAAACUGCUCAACAGAAUAGCUGCAAGAGUGAAGUCUUUGAAACAUCGCACAGUUAAACCUUGAAAGUGGAACCUGUCAUAUUAUAACUAUGCCACAGUUUUACUGAAACUAACAGUAACUAAAUAACAGUAAGCCACUACAGCACUAGGCACAAGACUGGACACCAUCAUAUAGCAGUAACAUAAAAAAACUAACAGGAAUCUUAUAUCCCCAAGCACUGGAGAACAACAUUUCUAGUGUAGUGACUUCAGUGCAAUGCUUAUAUUUCAGUUUGAUCCACAACAGUAGAUUUUUCUGCAAUAUAUAAUCAUCUAGACCUGUGAGGCACACAAAACAGUGAAUAAUGCAUUUGGAAAAUAUGUAUUGUCCAUUAGAUUCUUUUGGAAAAACAUAACAGUGCAUCAAGAAGAGAUCUGUGAACAAACGAAUGAUGCUGAUGUAUCCUAAAACAUGAUUUACCUGAAAAAGUAUAACAUAUGAACAUAAUCAACAGUGAAUCUUGAAUAAGGAUCUUAUCUCCAUUUUGAUGGGAGUUACUCACAGCAAUGCAGGAGUCAUGUGCAUUUCACACUUUCUGAUAGUGAUCAGUUACCAUGGUUUUAUUCAGUUCAAUCUAUUACACAUUUCAAAUUUAUCAGCAAUGUAGUUAAUGCUGAUGUAUUUUGUUGUUCUGCAUGAAAUACAAUAGUUUUCUGUAUA